CAGUUUAGUUUUUGUGCUAGACAAGUUAAGAUCAGCCGAAUAAGAAGUAGUGAAACAUGAGUUUUUUGGAGCAACAUUUGAACGAAACGCAUAAGCGAUACAUUAAUAUAAAUGAUGAUCGCCAAGCGUACACAGCUCAUUACAAUGUGCUGCGAAAUAUUAUCUACAAAGAACUGAAGAAAGUGGAGCCCUUCAACCAGUGGCUAAACGGUCACAAACUGGGCGGUAGUUAUGGCGACAACUUGAAGAUUACGAGUCCCGACGAAUUCGACUUGUAUAUAUAUUUGAAAUUUCCCGAGAACGAUAGGAUUAUCGUGAAAAAGGAUCCCAGGAGACCGGGCAAUGUAUUCUUGGACAUGACAGAAGUGUUGAGAAUCCUACAGACACAGAAUCACCAUAUAGUCUCAUAUACGCAUCUGAAAAAAUUAAUAACGGAGAAAAAUUUGCUUUUGGAGGAUAAGCUGCAGGCCCUGUUCAUGAGUGUUUUUACGAGGGCGCUCAAUAACAUAGAAAACAAGAUAACUGUCGAUGGAAUGCAUACGAGUGUGAUCUAUCGGAGAUGUGGACCGGCGCACACGAUGUAUAUUGACGCAAAUAAUAUCAAAUAUUCUGUAGACUUUGUGCCAGCCAUAAAGCUAAAUGCGAGUCAAAACAUUUUGGGCGCGGAGGAACUUAAAUAUUUUACAGGUAUUACGUCUUGGGAUGCGAUUCCGAAACCUUUAAAGCCCAGCGAACCGAACAAUGUUUCAUUCCGUGCCUCUUACUAUGAUGCUGAGUUCGUUUUGCUCAAGGAUAAGUACAGGCUGAAGGAUGUCAUCAGAUUUAUGAAAAAGUUUCGUUAUAACAAGACAAACAUGCACAACCUGAAGAGCUAUUUUAUAAAGACCAUUUUACUAUGGCAAGUUAUCCAAAAGCCCUCAAGUUAUUGGUAUACUUCUCAACUUAAGGAUGUACUUAUAGAUAUGCUUAGAGAGCUGAAGAAAUGCCUCGCCGUGUCGGGCCGCAAUGGAAAAUUGCUCUUCUUCUGGGAUCCCAAGCUGGAUUUGAUUGCCACAUUGACAAACAACCAGCGCUUCGAUAUGUUCAACUGCGUUACGUCAGUAAUUUAUAGUCUGGAGCGUGCAGAUGGCAACAUGACGGAGGACAUCGAUAACUUAAUUCGGUUCACAUUUAACACACCAACAGCCGUCCGAGUAAGCCCUAUAGAAGAUCCUCCUGAAUACGUGCGCGACCGACCUUUAGUAGCACGUCAGAUACAGGAAGAAGAAAGUAGCUCAAAUGCAGCUCUCAUUGGGUUAGGUGUUGUAGUCGCUGGGGUCGCCGCCAUCGGCCUCUUCUCCGCUUACUCAAGGAGUAGGAACAAUUGAGAUUAGUGAGUUGAGAUGGAUGUGCUCGUAGAUGUAAGCGUGACGUAUCCUUGUUUAUUAAGUCAUUUACAAUCCGCCGCCGGAACGAUCGACACUGAU